CUAGGUUCUUUUUCCCGCAAAACCCUUUACCCCGUUUUGUUGUACACGCGGACCUAAACCCGAUCCGAUAACCACCUUUAGAUCCGGUUAUAUCUUCUUUUCCAAACAACGCCAUCACAAAAGAAACCCUAAUGGUUUCUCUUCUUGCCUUUUCUUGCCUUGACAAAAAAAUCAUCUGUGAAGAAUAACAAAGGUAUGCAAGCUCUUUGUACUCAAGCGACUGAUGAAGAAGGUAGUCUGCUCCUCAAAGUGUUUUUAAUCAAUUUCUCUUAGCCAGUUUCUUCAUAUUGUACUUUAAUUCGUGUGGUGACUGCAAAGUUCAACAAAACGACGACACACUGUUUGUGGCUUUGUCAAUUGGAUCUAAUAGGAUUGGUGUACCUUGGAGGUCCUGCACAAGCUCAAAACUAAAAGGAUUCUCCAAGAUGUGAUAUUGUAAUGAAGGUGUUCUUUUUACCAUACAAUUUUUUUGUGCAACAGUAAUACUACUUCUAAAAAACAACCAAAUCAAUAGGUUGACACCACUGAAAUUUUCUAUUCUCUAUUUUAAAGCAAUAAGACUCUUGCUGCUGCAAGAAUGUUGACACUAACUGGAUCUACUGGCCAAACAUAGUGUGGUGACUCCAUGGCUAAAAAAAUAUUGGCCACUAUAAGUUCUAUUGAUGCUCAACUGAAGAGUUUGGAAACAAAGCAAACAUUGUCAUCAAGUCCUUUAGCAACAGAAGGAUCAUUCAUGGAGGAAGCAAACUUCAAGGUGGGUCGUUAUAGUCCAGAAGAAAGGAAACAGAAAAUCUGAGGUACAAACUACAAAGCAAAGAGGACACAAAGAAAUUUUAAUAAAACAAUUAAGUACGCUUGUCGGAAAACUCUUGCGGAUAACCGGCCAAGAAUCCGUGGGAGAUUUGCGCGUAACGAUGAGCCUGGAGAGACUCCUAAAACUUUUACUUUUCGACGGUACGCGAAUGAAGAUGAAUUAUGGAUGGAUGGGUUGCAAGAAGAAUUCCUACAAGGAGGGCGCUUUUCCAACACCUACAUGCCCACCACCCAAUUAAAUCAAUUUAACUAUUUUCGUCAAUGAAAAUAAUAAUGCAUCCCUUCAAAUAUCUAUGGGGAUAGUUUAUUAGAUGGUUACUACAUGGCCAUAAAAAUAAAACAAAUAUGCUUUAUAGAUUAUUAAAUUUUGAAUAGUUGUGUUUAAGAGGGGGUUAGGUUAAGAGCUUAGACGUCUAUAGAAGCAUAAAAGAUAUGAUCGGGAGUUUAAAUCUCGCAGAUUGCAGGUGUGAUGUAUUUAUCUUAGAAAGUUUAGGAAUUGAUGUUUAAAAAUAUAGAGGCAUAAAAACAUUUUUAGUUUGUUUUGACAAUUUAUGAAUGUAAAAGGUAACGUUAUUAGUAUAAGAGCUUGGGAAUGUUUGCUUUUGUGUCAUCAAUAUUCCUUUAUGCUUGGCUUUUUUAUUGUA